CAGAGACAUUCCGAAGGUUCAGCUGGACGUCAACAUGUCGGGAUUGCGGCAAACACCGUUGACAUGCAGUGGUCAUACGCGUCCAGUGGUCCAGUUGGCCUUCAGUGAUGUCACACCUUUCGGUUACUUUUUGAUAAGUGCAUGCAAAGAUGGGAACCCAAUGCUUCGACAGGGUGAUACAGGGGACUGGAUUGGAACAUUCAAAGGCCACAAAGGGGCAGUGUGGGGAGCCACGAUAAACACAGACGGCACUCGAGCGGCCACGGGAGCUGCAGACUUCUCCGCAAAAAUCUGGGACUCUUUGAGCGGUGAGGAGCUACACUCGUUCACACAUAAACAUAUUGUUAAAUCUGUGGACUUCAAUGAUGAAGGUACUCAGCUGCUGACCGGAAGCAAUGAGAAACUUCUAAGGAUAUUUGAUCUUAGCCAGCCAGAAUCGGACGCCAAAGUAACCUUUAGUGGCCAUGAGAACAAUAUAAGAGCAGCCAUCUUUGCCCAGUUUGACAAGCAGAUCAUCAGCGCCUCGGACGACAAGACUGUCAGAGUGUGGGAUGCGGUCAGUGGGAAAGAAGUCAAGAAAUUGGAAUUUGCGGGAAUUCCCAGCAGUUUAGAGCUGUCAAAGGAUGGUCGAAUUUUAGUCAUCACCCAUGGCAACUGUACAAGUUUCUGGAAUGCUGAUAGGUACGAGAAGAUCAAGGAUUACAUUGCCCCAACACAGGUGAACUCGGCAUCUCUCCACGAGAAUAAGAAAGUGUUUGUGUGUGGCGGCGAAGAUUUCAAGAUGUACAAGUUUGAUUAUGAAACAGGAGAAGAACUAGAGUCGUUUAAAGGCCACUUUGGUCCAGUCCAUUGUGUGCGCUUUUCGCCUGACGGGGAGCUGUAUGCCAGUGGAAGCGAAGACGGUACAUUGCGACUAUGGCAAACCACUGUUGGUAAAACCUAUGGCUUAUGGAAAUGUGUCAUGCCAGACGACUGCGUCAACAAUUCAGACACCACGCCAGUGAAGCCGGAGACCUAGUAAACAACACAGACGCGGUUUGGGUUACCAAAAAGAAAUGAGCCAAGUGAAUGAAAUUGGUUGGCGUGUUCUGGUCUGUGAGGUUCAGUCAACGAAACGACCGAUCUCUCUUCACGGCACCAUAUUUUCUCAGUGUUGUAUUGCAAUACAACAUGUUUUUAUCGAGAGCAUUAAAAGAGUCAUGUUCAGCACAAUCGAUUUUAUGUCAGAUUUGCAAUUUUUUUCAGGAAAAUAAUGCAAAACAGGCUCAGUUUUUAUUCGCAUUGAUUAACAUACUUAAUAGAUUGAUAUUUUUCGUAAACUUUAGAGCCAGGUAUCGGUUUCCUAAGCAGUUAAAAAGUUUUGAAUGUCCUUAGAUGCAUCGCUCUUUUGAAAUAGAAUUGUGAAAUUAAAGGGUUUAUAUUUUGACAAUUGGAGUAUGUAAACUGACAUCCCAUUAAUGGCUGUAUGUGGAAAUCAUGAAUUAUAUUUAAAGCAAAUUUGAAAACAAAUAAAAAAUGUUAGUAGAUAUUAAUUUGUAAAGAAAUCAUUACUUUUUUUGUAUCUAUUAUGAACGGUUUUGGUGCUAUUGCAAUAAAAUGAGGCAGACUUUCA